AAAGACUAAAGUCACACUAAUAAAAAAAAAAAUUUUGACAGCUCUGAGCUCACCAUCAGAACAGGGUAAUAUAAUAUGUUCUGUGAUCAACUCUAUGCCAUCAACAGCUGACACUUUGUUAUUGUUUACGAAAUUCUUGGUUGUUUUGAUCACAGAACUAUAACGAGAUAGAAGGAAAGAGUGUAUGUACCUCGCGUGCCGAAAGGGCGAUUUAACAUCGUGUUCGGUGUUGCUCAAUCCGCUCUCGACCGCUCUCCGUGUGUGACGUGUGACUAAUGCAAACAGAAAAUGGCCCCGUGCUCGAUAAUUAACUGUGCAAACACCACCAAAAAAGUUGAAGGUGUCAAUGAAAAUAUUUCCUUUCACCGUUUUCCGAAAGAUCCUCUCGUGAAAAAUAAAUGGAUUGAAGCAACGGGUCGUAAAAACUGGUUUCCUACGAAACACAGCCGUAUUUGUUCCAUACAUUUUCACGAAGAUUCGUUUACUGGCUCAUCAAAGUUUCGGCGAAUAAUCCAUACAGCUUAUCCGACUAUAGAUGUAGUGAUAAUGUCAAAUAAUGAAAAGGAUGGUAACUCAACCAACACAGAAGAAGAAAAUAAUAAUGGUCAGUCACAUAAAAGAAAAAAUAAAAGACCAUUAACACCAAGAGAAAAAAGAUUAUAUGAUUUAGUAAAACACCAAAGAUUGGUAAUAAAAAGAUUUAGGGAACAGAAUAGACGCAAAGCUAAAAGGAUUGAAGAUUUGGAAACUAUAAUAAAUUAUUUAGAAGGGCAAAUUAAAGAUAAAAACCUUCUUCCUGAUUGAAUGUGAAUUAUAAUUAUUAAUGAUUUAAGGAAAUUUCUUGGUUGUUACUUGUGUCCCUUUCAUUAAAUGUCUUUAAAUUUAUUGUACAUAUUUGAAAGUAGUUUUAAAGACAUAUACAGUGGGAGAACGUCGCGAACUGGAAACUCAGGGACUUAAAAUAAUUGUGAUUUGUGACGAUUCUAUAAGCGAAGAGAAUUAAGUUGUUACUAAUAGAUGGCACUGCAAGGUAAUACUUUUAAUGACGUCUUAUAGC